UAUUUAUCUAAAUUAAAAUAUCUGUAAAAUAUGAGGGAAAUAGUUCACAUUCAAGUCGGAAGAUGCGGAAAUCAGAUAGGAUCGAAGUUCUGGGAAGUAAUAUCAGACGAACACGGUAUAACCCCCGACGGCUGUUACUCUGGUGACUCAGAACUCCAACUUGAACGUAUAAAUGUAUAUUAUAACGAAGCUGCUGGCAAUAAGUACGUGCCGCGCGCUGUCCUGGUCGACCUUGAACCCGGCACCAUGGAUUCUCUACGAGCUGAACCCUAUGGACAAAUUUUCCGCCCCGAUAAUAUUGUGUACGGUAUGACUGGUGCUGGCAAUAAUUGGGCAAAGGGACACUACGCAGAAGGUGCAGAUUUGCUUGAGUCAGUUCUUGAUAUUGUUAGGAAAGAAGCUGAAGGCUGUGACUGUCUUCAGGGAUUUCAAGUUGUCCAUUCCAUAGGAGGUGGUACUGGUUCGGGCUUAGGCACUCUGCUCUUAUCCAAUCUAAGAGAAGAAUACGCUGAUAGGAUCAUUUUAACUUUCUCUGUAUUACCAAGUCCGAAAGUUUCGGAUACGGUGGUAGAACCAUAUAACGCCACACUGUCCAUCAACCAAUUAAUUGAGAAUUCUGAUCAAUCAUUUUGUAUAGAUAACGAAGCAUUAUACGACAUUUGCUUCAGAACUUUACGUUUGCAAACGCCGACGUAUGGUGACUUGAACCAUUUGGUAUCAGCGACAAUGUCGGGUGUAACGACGUGUCUGCGGUUUCCGGGACAGCUGAACGCUGAUUUACGUAAGCUAGCUGUUAAUAUGGUUCCAUUUCCUCGAUUACAUUUUUUCAUGCCAGGAUUCGCCCCCCUCACUGCUCGUGGUAGUCAAAAAUAUCGCGCUCUCACUGUACCCGAACUCACGCUACAGAUGUUUGACUCUAAAAAUAUGAUGGCAGCGUGUGACCCACGUCGCGGUAGAUAUCUGACUGUUGCCGCUAUAUUCCGCGGACGCAUGUCCAUGAAGGAAGUAGAUGAACAGAUGCUUAACAUUCAAAACAAGAACAAAGAUUUCUUUGUUAAAUGGAUACCUCAUAAUGUUAAAAUUGCAGUCUGUGAUAUACCUCCUCGAGGUUUGAAAAUGUCAGCAACUUUCAUCGGUAAUACCACUGCUAUUCAAGAGAUUUUCAAAAGAAUUUCCGAACAGUUCACGUCAAUGUUCAGAAAGAAAGCAUUUAUUCAUUGGUACACUGGUGAAGGUAUGGAUGAGGCUGACUUUUCAGAAGCAGACAACAAUCUUAAUGAUUUAAUUUCUGAGUAUCAACAGUAUCAGGAUGCAACAAUAGAUGAUCAAGAAUUUGAAAACGAAGACGACGACCGAGCACCAAGUGAAGAAAGUGUCGAGUGAUAUUGUACGCUUACAAUAAAUUAAAAAUAAAACAUAUUGUUCCA